AUCUCCUCUGUCCCUUUCAUGGCCUCAUCUUCCACCAGAAACCCUAGUUUUAGUUACCAUUCCAUUGUGUUUCACUCUGCAAUCAAAAACAAAAAAAAACAAAGAAAUCCCCUUUUACUGCUUAUCUGUUUCUGGUUUAAUCAUACACUGGGCAUUUAUUGCACCCCUUUCUGAUAUUAAGAUUUUUCAGAUACUUCUCAUGGUCAUGGGCUAACCCCUCAACUUUCUUGCCUUUCCAUUCAUCAGCAGCUCAUCAAUUCACAGGGCUCAGCAUCCCUUCUUAAGAAGGAGCGAAUCGACACCGAAUUCUGCACCGCACACGCUUCCUGCUGGAAUCUGUGACUUUUAUCAUAGAAGGGGAUGUCUCACUUUGUCUUCCCCUAGAGUAUCUGAUCCUACCUGGUGGGUCUUUUAUCUAUUUGCUGUUCAGAUCCGAAUUCGCGGAGAGGGACUUUGGCUGAAUGAUUCCGAGGUUGUCCCGGUUUAUCAGAUUCAGAGGGAUCUCCGACUGAGGGAAUCUUGGUAACAUAAUUAAAGCCUGUUGUUGGCUGAACUAAGGUAUCUAGAUGACUGUGGAUGAAGCAGCGAGCAGCAGCUCCUCGUGGACUAGAGAGGAGGACAAGAAGUUCGAGAAUGCCUUGGCAACUUACCCGGAAGAUUCGUCUGACCGUUGGGAGAAAAUAGCAGCUGAGUUACCGGGGAAGACUUCAGAGGAGGUUAGGCUUCACUACGAGAUCUUGGUCGAUGAUGUGAAUCGAAUAGAGUCAGGAACAGUGGAAUUGCCGCCCUAUAGUUCUCCUUCGGAAGGCUCCACAAGUGAUGAAGCGAAUGGUAAGAAGGCUGGUGGUUCAGGGCAUCAUGAGUCGGGUCAUGGAGGUAAAGGCAGCAGAGAUCAGGAACGUCGAAAGGGAGUUGCUUGGACAGAGGAUGAACACAGGUUAUUUCUCCUUGGGUUAGAUAAAUACGGAAAAGGAGACUGGAGGAGCAUUUCUCGGAACUUUGUCGUGACAAGAACGCCGACCCAGGUGGCAAGCCAUGCUCAAAAGUACUUCAUUCGCCUCAACUCCAUGAACAAGGACCGGAGGAGGUCAAGCAUCCAUGACAUCACAAGUGUUGGCAAUGGGGACAUCUCGGCUCUGCAGCCACCAAUCACAGGCCAGGCAAAUGGACCGGCCGCCCCGUCAGGCUCGUCCGGGAAGCCUGCCAAGCAGCCCUCACAGGCAGUGCCUGCGGGACCUGCUGGGGUCGGGAUCUAUGGCGGGCAGACAAUUGGGCAACCCGUGGGUGGACCCCUCGUCUCUGCGGUGGGGACCCCCGUGAAUCUCCCUGCGCCAGCGCAUGUGGCGUACGGCGUGCGAGCCCCGGUUCCUGCUGUGGUGCCCGGGGCGCCCAUGACUUAUCCCAUGCCCCCUGCGCCCUCACAAAGGUGAUUGGUUUCCGAGAUUUUUGUAUCAUAUAUGAAACAGAUGACAGGGAAAGAAAAGAGGAACUUAGAUGGAUGAGCUUUUGCUAGUUGGAUGCCCGCCUAUGUAACGUGCUCUUCUGCAAGGGAGAACCGCCAUUCUUUUUUUUUUAGUCCUAUGGUUGUUAAAUAAUGCCAUGUGAACAUAGGUAAUGUUUAAGCAUCUGUACAGCUUCCAUUAAUCUGUGAAUCUCUCCUUAAGUCGUAAUAAUAAAUUUUAGGGUAGAAAUUUCUAUGAACAUUAAUUGA